CUGUGGCGCUAUGCCUGUCGACGUUUUGUCGUGCGCAGUCAAGAACACACACCCCCCCCCAAUUUGGAGUUAAGCGCAAGCAGGUGGAACAACGCAGCUGUGACAGUUACGAGGCGCCAGUGCGCAUGAACAGGCUUCUUCGCCUUCCUUCUGCGUGAGCCUAGCAAUUAGCGCUACCGCGCCUGUGCAGUAUAGGCAUCCUCUGUGAUGGUUGCUUCGGCCUUUUCAGCAUCCGGGUCCUAAGCCUUUGUUUACUUCACUGGGGAGGGGGUGAGAUUGGCUUUCGCCCUGGUGGAGUCGGUCAGCUGAGCGGGGGCAGUAUCGGUGGCUUUCGCCGUCGCGCCGGCUAUCCCAAGAACGCGCUUGAGGGAGGUUUUCCAAAGCACUAAAAUAUGUCUGGGUUUCUUGAGAACAUGAGGUGCUCGGAGUGUGUUGACUGGGGGGAAAAGCGAAAUACAAUAGCUUCUAUUGCUGCAGGGGUGCUGUUUUUUACAGGUUGGUGGAUUAUCAUAGAUGCAGCAGUUAAAUACACAGAACCGGCAGAUUUCAACCAUUCAUACCAUGCUUGUGGCGUUAUAGCUACAGUUGCAUUCCUAAUGAUCAAUGCAGUAUCCAAUGGGCAAGUGCGUGGGGACAGUUACAGUGAAGGCUGCCUUGGACAAACAGGUGCUCGAAUUUGGCUGUUCAUCGGAUUUAUGUUGGCGUUUGGAUCUCUGAUUGCAUCUAUGUGGGUCCUCUUUGGAGGCUAUGUUAUUAACGAUAAACCAGACAAGCCACCACUAUACCCAGGAAUAGCAGUCUUCUUCCAAAAUGCAUUUAUCUUCUUUGGAGGUCUGGUCUUUAAGUUUGGGCGCACUGAAGAUUUGUGGCAAUAAAUGAAGCAGAAUAUCUGUCCUGCUAUUUUUAAUUGCCCACUCCCUUUUGUGCUCUGGUAUCAAUGAAGAUGAAAACUGUCUGCGCUUUCAAAUCAUGAAACUCCAUUUUUUCAUUCUUUGAGACUGUUUUCUACUCCUGACUUUUGACACAAAAUUAUUAUAGCACAUGACUAAAAUGUAAAACUGAGAAGAUAUAACACUUAUAAAGUCGUCUUGCUGAUGUUUUUAUAAAUGAAUAUUAAACUAUAAAUGUUUCUUUUACAGCUCAUUUAUAUGUGGUGUGUCUUUGCUGUAUAACUGUUACUUUUGGACAUGGAAAUACUUGACUGACUUUGUGUGGAAGGUUUUAAAAUGAAAGAUGUAAAUUCAGUACAUUAAAAUGUAAUAGAUGUAUUAGA